UUUCAGCUAACCUUGUUGUGACAUCGAGAUGAGGCAGUAGAAUUUAGAAUUUGGAACAGGGGUGGGUACUGGUCUUUACAGUUAAUACAACAUAGAGGAGCCACGCCAUACGUGCUUAGUUUCUUUUUCAGCCAGUGCAUUGAACUAAGUCAGUUAUAUGUCAAGCAGUUCCUGUAAAAAGCUAUAUGGCUAAGGUUUUUAUCCAUAGACCACAAGCAGAUCUUCCACUCCCAGGUCUCUGACUGUAAAAGGACCUGCUGGCUCAAUGACCUAUAAAGGCCAUUUCAGCACUUCCAUUCUGUCUGUCUCCAAGGCUUCACCUUAGGUAAGAACUGUCACUCUCGUUCACCUCUCAGGGGGCUCUGACUUUCUACAGCUGCAGGUCCAUCUGGUCUGAGAUGGACAGUAUUACCUAGCAGGAUGCAUACUGUAGCAACAUGACUGACAUCAAGAGCAACCGAGAAUUGUACCAGCAGUACACAGCCUCGGCGCCCAGGCUGCUGGCCCGCAUCUCCGAACUGCUCAUCAGUUGCCGGAACGCAGGUAUUUCUGUACCUAAGGGCAUCAGGAACCUCUUUGAGUUCACUUGGGAGGAGCUCACUGCUGACCCCAUGGUGCCUACCCCGUCCAACAUCAUGGGCCUGGAGAUCAACAUUGGACCCCCACCCGUGGUGCUUAUGGAAUCAGCCGCCACGCAGGCCCCUGUCCAAAAGAAGCCACCACCAGUACCAACACCACAGUUGCUGCCCACAUCCACUGGGCCAGCCAAGAUAACCCAGUCUCCCACCCAUGGCUAUCUAGCACACUCUGGCCAGGAGACCCUGCACAGAUUCCAGCAGCAGUCUAUCCACCUGCUGACAGAGCUGCUCACCCUGAAGAUGAAGACCAUGGUGGAGUCCGUGUCUGUAGGUGCCAAUCCCCUGGACAUCACAAGGCGCUUCGUGGAGGCCAGCCAGCUUCUCCACCUCAAUGCCAGGGAGAUGGCUUUUGACUACCUGAUCGGCACAAUGGGGAGAAGUAGCCGGGGUGUUGGACUGAUAGGGAAAGAUUCCUCCAUGAACACUCCAGCCAUGGGAGUGAACACACCUUACCAGCUUGUCUAUGAGUCCUCUACUGGCUGUCUGAGCUUUUCUCUCUCAACUGGAAAGGAAGUCAAGAAGAAAACAGGCAAAUCAAAAAACGUAGAAGACAUAACCAUGCCGUCCUUCCAACGAGGAGCCGGAAUCUCUGCCUCCAACAGUAUAGAGUUCAGUGACCCCUGCCCUGAGGCCCGGGAGAAGCUGCAGGAGAUGUGUCGCCAUAUAGAAACCGAAAGGGCCUUGUGGAAAGGGAGGAAUUUCUCCUGCCCCCUGAUCUUUCGCAACUACAGGGCAAAGGUGCCCCCUCAUCUAAUGUCGGCCCCGAAAGGGGACGCUCAGAGCCCAAGCUCCCACCACCCUAACCCUCCAGGUGCUCAGACUUCCACUUCCACCGUUCACCAGCCCCCCGCCCACCACCAUCCUCACUUCAUCCGGCAUUCUCAGGAGUGGAAGGUAUCCAAGAAGAUCAUCAAGUUCCAUUACGCCUUCUAUGAUGGGUCCUCCUUUGUGUACUAUCCCUCUGGGAACAUCGCCAUGUGUCAGAUCCCCACGUGCUGCAGAGGGAGAGCCAUCACCUGCCUCUUUAAUGACACACCCAGCUUCUUUCUGGCUCUGUUCAAUGCUGAUGGACAGGGCUGUGUUCACUACAACAUGAAGGCCUGUUGCCCAUACGUCCUGGUCUUGGAUGAGGAAGGUGGGACCGCCAAUGACUACAAGGGCUACGUAGUCCACAAAUGGAGCUGGACUUCCAAGACGGAGACUUUGCUUUCCCUGGAAUAUAAGGUCAAUGAGCAAAUUAAGCUGACGGUGCUGAGCCAGGACUCCAUCAUGGUCACCUUCACCUCCCUAAAUGAAACAAUAACACUCUCUGUAUCAGCCAGCAAUUGUCCCCAUGGGGUAGCACAUGAAAAACGGCUGCUGACCCGCAUGGAUGACAAAAUAUUUAAGAUGAACCGAGCUCUGGCAGAGAUCAAGAAGCGGUUUAAAAAGACAGUGUCACAAUUUAUGAAUUCUGUCUUGCUGGCAGCAGGCCUGUUCACCAUAGAAUACCCAGUUAAGGAAGAGACAGAAAUCAGUCGAGCCAAGGUAAAAUCAAGUCCCUAUCUCGAGCGGAGCACCAAGCCAAGUUUAUACACGGGAGAAGCCCUCUUAUUACGAUCUCAGUCAGCCCGACCUGAAUCCUCAAUUGGAGAGUCUUUGAGGGAAGAGCCUGGGUCUGUUUCUAUAAGCCCCACUCGGAAGAAGAGCAUCAGGAUCCAAGCCAAAGCCGUGGUCACACCCAGAGGAAAGUCUGGAGAGGUGCGCAGCCCUACCAGGUGGGCAGCCUCGCCCUCCGACUGCCCGCUGGUGCUGCGGAAGCUCAUUCGCAAGGAAGACAUCCGGGCUGGCUGCAGGUGCAUGGUGAAGGCACCCUUGGUAACCGACGUGGAGCUGGAACGCUUCCUGUCCGCACCCCGAGACCCCAGCCAGGUACUGGUGUUUGGGAUAGUCUCAAGCCAGAACCCCACCAGCACCGCACAGCUCCAGUGGCUGCUCGACAUACUCCACAGUCACCGGCAGCAGGGCCGCGCCUCGCCCUGCAUCCAGUGCCGGCAUGACCCAUACCGCCUGCUGCGGUAUGACCUGGACAGCUCUCUGCAGAAGGACCCACCCCUGCUGGUGAAGAAGUAUGCUGUGGUGCCAGGGAUGGUUCUGAUGUUCGCAGGGGGGAAGCUCCUUUUUGGUGGCUGCAUUUUGAAUGGAUAUGGCUUUAGCAAGCAGAAUCUGCUGAAACAGAUCUUCCAGGCUCGACAAGACUGCAAGAUGGGCUACUUCCUGCCAGACAACUACAAAUUUAGCAUUCCAACCUAUAUCCCAGUCCUGGAAGACCCCAACUCAGCCAAGAAAGCAAUAUCGGCAGACAUCCAAGAAAGCUUCUCCUCGUUGGCCAUGGGGGACAAGAUGGAGGAGUCCCCUCCUGAAACUGAGAAGAAAGUGAAACCGCCUGAAGUGGAUCUGCCUGUUCUCAGCAAAGCCAGGAGCGGCAGUAAGAAGGCGGUCCCCUGGAAAAAACAGGCCUUCAAGAGAUGAUGCUGCCCCUACGGCUACCCAGAGCUCCAAGCCUGGACACAGCUCCUCUCACAUCUACCCCAGCCCUGCCUCCCAAGCCUCCCACCCCCUUUCUCUGAGCCUCUGCAUAAUAAAUAAGCAUGCCUCCAGCAUCUGGGUGAGGCCAUGGGAUAGGCUGGCUCCUACAAGGCUGCCCACAGCCCUGCUCUAGGCUGAGUCUGUGGAAACUUGGUUCCUCUGACCCAGAGCUUCCUCUGUGACCAGUUAAAUCAGCCAGAAAAUCCCACAUUCCCAAGGAAACAGAUGUCCCACUCCAAGGGGGCCAAGCCAAAGGGUAUAUUAACCCUGGGGAGGUCGUGGAUGAGACUAAAUUGUGCCCUCCUACCCUUAACAGGGUGGAAAAGGGCUCUGCUUCUGGCCCAGAUGGGUAAGAGGGGAUGAGAGCAAAGAGGGAGGAGACAGAGAAGGAGAGGAGGAACAGAUGGAAGACAAGAUGGAGGGAGAGCUGCAGAGCCACUAAGAAGUGGGCAAGGGGAGGACUGAGGGAGGAGGAAACUAGGGAAGAGGGAGAACAAGGGAAAGGGGCACAGAAUGGGAUGGAAAAGAUGGUUGACAGGCCACGCCCAGGGGCCCUUUGGUGGCACCCUGAACACCAGAGCUCCUGUGGCCCCCAGUGUGUUUAUGUCCCCAUGUGGCCCCGCCUCAGUACUCUUUGGUGGAUUAGACACCCCUUCCUGAGCUGACAGGCCUGAAGAGUCCUUCCCAGCAUCAGGGACCCAGAGAUGCGCAGCCCCCUCUCCACCUCUCAUGUGCUGACUACCCCCCUGGUGGUAGUCACCAGCUCUGGGUCUGUUUGUAUGAGGCUCCUGAGAGCCACUUCCCAGAGCAGGGCCUGGACCCCAGAGGGUCUGCCUGGUUCUCCAAACUUGGAAAAGACUUCAGGCCCUGAUCUGUGGGCAGUGGUUUGGUGAUGUGC